CUGAAUGAUUUAACCAAAAAAAGAUGGUUAAAUGUCAGUUCAUCUGAUACAUACGUACCGGUUUCAUUUCGGAUAGUUUGCCGGUUUAGUUUGACGAGAAAGUAAAUUCUUUAUAAUAUCGAGGAAAUACGAGUAAUGCAACUUAAUUUAAUUCAACAUGAGCAAUUUAAUUGAACGAAUGAGCUUCAUUGUGCCAGUUGUAUCCAUUAGUUUCAUAUUUAUCAUAAUCUCAAUUAAUUUGUACAUGAAAAUAAGAAAAUUAUUUCCGAUUACAGUAAAUUGCUGGUUUUGUAAUAAGGAUGCAAACGUACCUUAUAGCCAGUUUAACUCCUGGAAUUGCGAACACUGUACGCAAUACAAUGGAUUCGACAAGGAUGGUGAUUAUAAUUGUGACAUACCAGCUCAACGAACUAUUCAAUUGAAUAAAAGAUAUAAGACUGGCAAUAUUAGUAAAAUCUCGUAUGUUGCCUCAGAUGCGCAGAGAAAUCGUUUAUGUGAAAAUUGUAACCGAAAUCAGGAAAUCAAAGUGCAACAAUUAGCUUUAUUUGAGCCUAUCGUAAAAGAGAACUUUGACGUGGAAAUUGAAAAAUUUCGGGAAAAACUAGAAAAAUCGUACGAAUUGUGUCACACUUGCCAGCGAUCUGUUAAAAAAACUUUAAGCCGAAUAAUGAAUAAUGUACUCGGGUUAAGAUUGACUCAAAUUGGACAAAAGGGUUUGAAUGUGGUCGAUCGACAUGUAAAAAAAACCGACUCGAAGAAGCAUGUAAUUUUGAAUCGAAUGUGCUUAAUGGCAAUUUCUAUACUAUCCAUUUGGAAUAUAUACAGUUCAAGUAAAAGUGUCCAUCUAUCGAGGAACCAUGUUGACUCAUUUUUCCCACCACUCGUUACACAUUACAUAUUAAGCAUCAUUUCAUUAAUUUCUGCGGUAAAACUUAUCGUAAUCGAGUACUCAUCAGCGAUUGUCUUUUCCACGAUCGAUUUUCAACGGAUGUACUCCUACAUUGCUGCCGACAAUAAUGAUUACCAAAUCGAUUUCGUCAUCAAUAUCGCGGCCGUUUUAUUAUCACUAAAGUUAGUGUUAGCCAGAUCAAGAAUACGCAAAACUGGUCGAAUGUAUCCUCUGUUACUUAUGUUUUUAUGGAACAUCAAUAUGCUGUGGCCAACAAUUGCGGGAAAUGUGGGGAGCGAAUUUGUUGCAGACCUUUUAAAAAAACGACAAAAUUCAACAUUCAACAAUCGAUCAGAAGAAGUACAUCUUAGCGCGAUGUCGAUUCAACUGCAACUGUGAGCGAUGCAACGGUAAGUCAUUGCCGAGUGGAGAACGUAACGAAAUGAAAAAGGACGAAUGUUUUCGCUACAUCGAACGGAACAAACCGAAAAUCAAUUUUCUGGAUGAGGGACCUAUCCAAACACCAUCAGCUAAAGAGUCGUAAGAAAAAUGUAUUGACUUUUUGAACCGAUACGGUCGUAAGAUUUGGUGCAAUGAAAUUGACUUUGU